UACACAUCACGGCCUCAACUCCACAUUUCCCAGUGCUCGUAGCUUGGACCAUUGACGAGUUGCGCGAUUCCAGGGAGGAAAAAUGGAGAACUUAUCCACCAACACGCCGAGCGGAUCAGGACCUCAGCUCCAGUACCAAAGAGAAUUGGUUAUUAACGGUUUUACAAACCUGGAGCGUAAAUACAGCUCGGAACGAACGUCUAUUGAAGAAGACCCAUGGUCUUUCCCUUUUAAUCAUCAUGGUAUGAACUCAAGGGAAGUUCUCUACGAUCGGUUAUUUUCGACCCUUCUACCUCGUUUAAAGGAUCAAAUCACCGCUAUCUCAGCAACCCUAGACCCCGUGAACAUGAAAACAGACCCGGUGGCAAAACUUAAGCGCGUCCUGGAAAUCCAAUCGGAACUCGAUUACAACAUCACUCAGAUCGACUGCGCCUUUCUCGUCAUUUGUCCCGAGAACGUCUCUGCUGAUGACCAUGCCGAUGACCAGGGUCUCGAACAAUUCAAGGCGUACAGGCUUGUCGAACUCAAAAAUGAAUUUACUUUCGCACUCAAGGAGAUCUGCCGUUUCUUUCGAGUUACGUCGAUGUACAUCCAACAAAUGAGGCCCAAGUUAAGAGGAUUCUUUGGUGAUAUUAAUAUUUCUAAUUGUGGAAAAUCGGCCAAAGACGCAGUGUAUUCGAUCGAGCACACUAUCAAACAUCCCAGAAGAUCUGAAUUGGACAUUGUCGCAAAUAAGGCGAAACGUGCGGUGUGCCUGCUCGAUGAACGAUUAAUCGAUUUCAUCAGCCUGGUCGACCCAGAUGCUCCCCCGGGAUAUCUGUUACAUCGCCGAUUCGACAUAAUGACCCAUCAACCGCUCAUCCACCUCGCCAAAUUGACUAUACCAAUCAUGAAGCUGUCAAAUCUGUUUUUCAAGAAACUAUCACAACUCCGCAUGAACUGCCAAGCGCCUCCUUUAUUUACCCAGAUGAAUUCGGAUCAGCUCAAAUCUUUAUGUGAAUCUACCGAAAGCGUUGUUCGCAAUCUCAGCGGACUUAUGCAUGAAUUUUACGAAGUUGAUGAGAUGUUUGAGGAUCAAGCUGUCGAUUUUCGGUCCUUCACUCAGUCAGUUGAACAGAUCACUACUUGCUUGGAAGGUCCAUUGCUUUCUGUAUUACUUUAUCUUGUUCCCUUAACCAAUAACCCUCGAGAUGAGAAUUACUACCAGAGUUGGUUUGCUGCAUGGAACACAACUAUUAAUACCGCUAUUCGUAAAUUUGUUCAAGCUGCCAAAAACCUUCAACCAAAUCAUCUCGCAUAGGUUUUCCCUGUCUUUGUUGGACUUUCUUCAUCUCAUGAGCAUUUAUUUGGUAUUCACCUCAAGAAAACAUUCUUCUCCUCCAAGUUUGAAAUGAGUUUGUUUAUUUUCUUCUUGUCCAAAGUUUGACAGACA